GUUCAGAAUAUAAUGAAGUACCAUUUUGUGUUAAAUCUUGCCAAUAUACUGUUGACAACAAACUGUAUCUGUAUAUUUAUUUGCACUGAUCAUCAGUAUAUUUCUUAUAGUAUAAUUAUUGUCCAAAGUCUAUUGAAUAAGUCAACUAUUUUAAGUUGAAUGAUACUUUUGACGGUUAUACUUCAAAUUCAAUUUGAAGAAGUAGUUAACCAUAAUGAAUUAGAUUUCAAUUCUUUUGUUCAACAGUCUUCAUCUACAAUUUGUACUUGGAAUCUUGAAGAAAUUGAUCUGUGUCACUUAGUGAAGAAGUCAACAACUCCAUUGCUGAACUAUAACUUCCCGUCUAGUAACUGUUUGGAUGACGACAGUGGCUGGAUGAAUUCAUCAACAGUUGGUAUGGAAUAUAACUAAACGACUAGACUUGACCGCUUCUUAUCAAUUCCUAGAAAUCAUCAAGUUACCUGACAAUCAUAUACUACAUAGUAACAAGAGU